AUAAAAUGGCGCCAACAAUGAAUGCAUCCAAAGAUCAACAAACAAAAACUGAAGUCGCUCUGCAACAACAAAAGCAAAAACAUAUGCAGCUUCUGCACGAAUACAACAAUCUGAAGGAUGCAACCCAAACAGUGCUGGGAGCCUUAGCACAGGCAAAAGGAGUACCUAUUAGAGACAUGCAUAAGAUGUACAACCUGCCAGAUGGGAAAUAAUAUUUUCAAUUGAAUAGCAUUGA